AUGCAUUUGAACUUGAAUGAUGAAAGACUUGUUGAUAAUCUAUCGGAUGAAAGUCGCGAAAUUAUAGAACACUGUAUAUAUCAAUUAGGCACUCAUAUUCCAACUGAGGAGCCGCUUACAUUUGAGGAAAUUGUUUACCUGGUCAACGCAGAAGAUACAGAAAAUACAGAAAAUACUAUUGAUGAUUCCAAUGAAGAAACAUCACCUGUACAACUGAAAGAAGCUCGAAUAGGGUUGGAAACUGCUUUUAAAUUUUUCGAGCAGCAACCAAACGAUGUAGGCAUAGAUGUUAGUGAUUUGCGUGUUUUCCGCAAGUAUAUGAAUUUACUUAACCUCAAAAAAUUCCAAUCAAAGCGUCAACAAAGUAUUGAUGCUUACUUUAGUGCUAGUUAG